AUGGAGGAAAACCAAAAACCAGAGAUGGCAACACCAACAGAAACUGACCAACAGAUGAAGGAUAUGGUUGAUCUCACUGCUGACCCAGAUGAAUCAGAAGAAGUGAUCUGCUACCGCCGUGCCAAGAGAAAGCUUUCGCUCUCAUCGCCUAGAACUUUCCGUGGCACAAAAUAUUUCAAUCUUGAACCAAUGGCUGAUGGUCAUGAAACCGAUAAGAAUAUCGAGAUAUGGAAAAUCAAGAAGCUCAUCAAGGCCUUGGAAGCAGCCCGAGGCAAUGGCACUAGCAUGAUCUCCCUCAUCAUGCCUCCACGAGAUCAAAUCUCCCGUGUCACCAAGAUGCUCGGGGAUGAAUUUGGAACUGCAUCCAACAUCAAAAGCAGAGUCAACCGACAGUCAGUUCUGGGUGCAAUCACGUCUGCCCAGCAGAGGCUCAAACUUUACCACAAGGUCCCUCCAAAUGGGCUUGUCCUUUACACUGGGACCAUCGUGACAGAGGACGGCAAGGAAAAGAAAGUGACAAUCGAUUUUGAGCCGUUCAGGCCCAUAAAUGCAUCCCUUUACCUCUGUGACAACAAGUUCCACACUGAAGCACUCAAUGAGCUUUUAGAGUCCGAUGAUAAAUUUGGAUUUAUUGUCAUGGAUGGUAACGGGACCCUUUUUGGAACACUGAGUGGAAAUACCAGAGAGGUUCUUCACAAAUUCACUGUGGACCUUCCCAAGAAGCACGGGAGGGGAGGGCAGUCUGCCUUGCGUUUUGCUCGUCUUCGUAUGGAAAAACGACAUAACUACGUUAGAAAGACAGCCGAGCUUGCCACCCAGUUUUUCAUUAAUCCCCAAACUAGUCAGCCUAAUGUGGCUGGGCUCAUACUUGCUGGCUCGGCCGACUUCAAGACUGAGCUGAGUCAGUCAGACAUGUUUGAUCCCCGUCUCCAGGCCAAGAUUUUGAAUGUGGUGGACGUUUCUUAUGGUGGGGAAAAUGGAUUCAAUCAGGCCAUUGAGCUUUCUGCCGAAAUCCUCUCCAAUGUGAAAUUCAUACAAGAAAAACGUCUGAUUGGCAAAUACUUUGAGGAAAUUAGUCAGGACACGGGGAAAUAUGUUUUCGGCGUGGAGGACACUUUGAAGGUUCUGGAAAUGGGUGCUAUCGAGACACUCAUUGUUUGGGAGAAUCUUGAUAUCACUAGAUACGUUCUGAAGAAUACUGUAUCCGGAGAAGUCACCAUUAAACACUUCAACAAGGAGCAGGAGUCGGACCAGGAGAACUUCCGGGACCCAGAGACAAAUGCUGAGCUGGAAGUUCAAGAGAAGAUGUCUCUGCUUGAGUGGUUUGCCCAGGAGUACAGACGGUUUGGGUGCACGCUCGAGUUUGUGACGAAUAAGUCCCAGGAAGGGUCUCAGUUCUGCAGGGGUUUUGGGGGGAUAGGUGGGAUUCUCCGCUACCAGUUGGAUGUUCGGGAUUUUGACGAGGUUUCUGAUCAUGGGGAACUCUAUGAAGAUUCAGAUUAGCAAUCAAUCAGCUUUUCCAAAUCUGGUACUGGGAUUGUGCGGGAGGCUGCAACUGGUUGUGCAGGGGUUGGCGUUAGGCUGUAGCGCUCGAGCUGUCUUGACGGGAUAUAAUUGAAGGGUUUUCGCGGGAGGGGCAUUAUCAAGCAGUCUAGUGCACAUUGAGACAGUAAAAGUUUACAUUAUGUUUUGCUGCUGAACUGCCAGUAUUUAGCACUGUUUGUGUAUGGGUCAAUUUUGGAGUCUUUAUGAUGAUGCUUGUUGUUACUUUUGUCUUGUGCAUGUCCUGCAAAGACCAUGGAAACAUCUCUUAUGAUCAUUCCAAAAAUGGUAUAUUAUAUACUUUGCACAAUNUUU